GAAUGAAGACAAAAGCUUCGAAGAAGAAGGCUGCCGCCGAGGCUACGAGCUCUGCGCCUCAACCCUUUCCAUACCUGGACGGAUCCUUCUUGGAGUUUGGGUCAGAGGAGGAACUCAACCGGUUCCUCACGCACUUUGCCAAGCGUCCCAUUUCUCCGCCUAGGGUGCUGCCCGAGUUGUACCCUCAACAAAAGGGGUACCACGACCUCGACAACCAGCUUCAAGCAUCGGGUCUGUGGUCGUUCGUCUCCGGGAGCCGCUCGAGCUUUAAUCCUGCCUUUGUGCGAGCCUUCUACUCCAAUCUCCGCCGGGACGGGGACACCAUUCGCAGUAGCAUCAAUCUCUACGACAUAGAGAUUGAUCUGGCUACCUUCGCUCGGGUCGCAGGGCUGCCCACCCGCGGUGACGACAUAACAACAUAUGGCGGCGAUGAUUGGAUCCUCAACAACGAGGCGGUGGUCAUCCGAG